AUGGCGCCUCUCAAUCUGCUCACAGUCGUCAGUGCCUCGUUCCUCGUCCUGGCCAAAGUCAACGGCGCCGUAGCAGCACAAAAGCCAACCUACAAAGUAGAAUUUGGAAAAGAUGGCCACUGUCUUUCCGAGGUCAAUGCUGCUCGCCUGGCCGCCGGGUUCAGCGAACUCGUUCAGGCAGAAACAGGGAACACCGAAGCUAGACUACCUGACAAAGCCACUACUCCGCCAGAAGAAGGGGAUGGGUGGGCAUGGAUGCCGGUGUGCAAUGCCCUGAUUCCAGAAUCGGCAGAACAAAAAACUUCAAGAACCGGGGCUACAGCACAGUUCCAGAGCGGCACAUACGCAUACCAUCCCGUUGAGAAUCCAGAUAACGUCGACUGCAAGGCCGUUGUGGAUAAGUGGAAGGGCGCCUACAGCAACUUUGAUGGAUUGCCUCCGGCUAACAAGGAAGAAGAGGAUCUUUACGACAUUCAGGAGAACGUGUCUUUCGUGGCACUGUACAACCCUACAGAUAAAGCUACUGCAGACUGCCGUGUCGUCACCUGCACUAAAACGACCCCGGGAGCGGAAGCGGACGGCGGAACAGGCCGCGCGGGACAAAACACUGAAACAAAAGCCUCGGCUUUAAUUUGCAUGACUGCGCCGGAUGUACUUGUCGAGGGAGGCGAUGCCCCUUUCACAGAGGAUCAAUGGGGACAGAUCGUGACCGCUCUCGAAGGCUCCGCCUCGGCGGUUGCACCCGGUGUGGUCGGUCUUGCAUUAGCUAUCCUUGGCCUCAGCUUGCUGUGA